CGGCUCUUGUCGGUGGAGACGGAGAGUCCGAUGAGUCCGUCGAGUUUCUCCGGUACUUUCUCAACUUUUCCGCCUGAAACCAGCAGCUGAUAUUCGGGGGAAAGUACAGAGUCAAGUGUUCUCCUUAAAGUCGAAGAAGUGUCCUCCUUUCUUCAGCCGUUUAUCUACUGAACCAGGGAACGGAGACACUUAAUGGUUUAAAGUUUAAACUGUAACGGACCUGAAGCUAAUGUAGCUGCUAACUGAAGCUAACUGAAGCUAAUGUAGCUAACCCCCUGCCUGCUCUGUGUCACGCCGGGAAUCAGUCACCAUGGCCGGGGACUUCUCGCUGCUCCACCGGACCUGUAAGCUGGUGGUUCUGCUGUGUUUCCUCCACAUCUCCGUCACUCUCUUCUUCUACGUCCGUUCUCUGGACAUCCCGUCCGCCUUCGUCCAGAACCAGCAGCAGAACCGGGUGAACCGGACCGAGAAGAACCUGAUCCGGAGCUCCGAGCUGCCCUCCGUGGCCGGGGAGAAGGAGCUGGAUCCCGGGGAGAAGGAGCUGGAUCCCAGGGAGAAGGAGCUGGAUCCCAGGGAGAAGGAGCUGGAGAAGUGCCCGGAAACAUCGCCUCUGCUGGUGGGUCCCCUCCGGGUGGAGUUCAGCUCUCCGGUGAAAGAGGAGCUGAUAAAGAAGGAGAACCCCGCCCUGCAGCCGGGGGGGCGCUUCAGACCCAGAGACUGUGUGGCGCAGCAGAAGGUGGCCAUCAUCAUCCCUUUCCGCAACCGAGAGGAACACCUGAAGUUCUGGCUGUACUACCUGCACCCCAUCCUGCAGAGACAGCAGCUGGACUACGGGGUGUACGUCGUCAACCAGGACGGAGACGCCACCUUUAAUCGAGCGAAGCUUCUGAACGUGGGCUACGCCGAGGCUCUGAAGGACUACGACUACGACUGCUUCGUGUUCAGCGACGUGGACCUGAUCCCCAUGGACGACAGAAACACCUACAGGUGCUUCAGCCAGCCCAGACACCUGUCCGUCUCCAUGGACAAGUUUGGAUUCAGGUUACCCUACAACCAGUACUUUGGAGGCGUGUCCUCGAUGAGCAAAGAGCAGUUCCUGAAGAUCAACGGCUUCCCCAACAACUACUGGGGCUGGGGGGGGGAGGACGACGACAUCUUUAACAGGCUGUCCUCCAGAGGGAUGUCCAUCUCCAGACCCAGUGGAGACGUUGGGAAGUGUCGAAUGAUCCGGCACCAGAGAGACAAGAAGAAUGAGCCCAACCCUCAGAGGUUCAACCGGAUCGCCCACACCAGAGACACCAUGUCCUCAGACGGGAUCUCGUCCCUCUCCUAUUCGCUGCUGAAGACGGAGAAGCGGGACCUCUACACCUGGAUCAGCGUGGACGUGGGGAAGCCCUGAGAGCCGGGCUCUGAUUGGACGUGGGGAAGCCCUGAGAGCCGGGCUCUGAUUGGACGUGGGGCGGCCCUGAGAGCCGGGCUCUGAUUGGACACUGCGUCCUGAACCAGACUUUAAUUUUUUCAAUCUAUCGGAGACAAUCAGGAGGGGGGUGUGGGCUUUACUGGUGGGUUAUGGGUAAUUAAAAGGGCGGGUUUAGAUCCGGAUGCUGGGUCUGAUUCCGGUUCCUAAAUAUGUGUGACAUCACUUCCUGUUUAUAUUAAAGUCUCUGUGGACAUUAAACACAUCAGAGACAAAAAGAGCAGAGCUUUAACCCUUAGAGACUGUGUGAGUGUGUGAGUGUGUGAGUGUAUGAGUGUGUGAGUGUGUGAGUGUGAUAAUCAGGUGAAUAAUUAAGGUGUGUUUAUAAAUCAGGUGAUUCUGUGAAUAUUUGAGCCAAAUUGAACCGAACCUGAGUCUGAGCUGCAGACCAGAACCUGGGGGGGGGGGGG